UCGUCUCGAAAUCGAGCUGUUGCCUAUCGGUGGAAGUCCAGUUUCGGUUUGCCUACUUCGCAGUCGGUGAAUUUGGUUGACGGAGUGCCGAUCGGGUCGGGGUCGGGAUCGGGAUCGGGAUUCGUGCCUCUCGUGCUAUUCUUUUCCUUUGGGUAAUUCUGCGUUGUCUCCGAUCAUCUGAAUCCAUUUGAUCACGGUCUGAAACAUUCUUGAGAAGUUCGUCUGGUUGGGGUUGGAAUCAACGGGGAAUCGUCAUGGCGCGGAAGAUGCUGAUUGAUGGAGAGCUCGGCCAGACCAUAGAAGAAGAGAAACAGUAUGAUUUCGACAUCUUUGUCAUCGGGGCUGGAAGCGGCGGCGUUCGCGCUUCUCGGACUUCUGCUUCCUUUGGAGCCAAGGUUGCCAUUUGUGAGCUUCCUUUUCAUCCCAUCAGCUCGGAAGUCAUUGGAGGAAUUGGUGGAACGUGUGUUAUACGUGGAUGUGUCCCUAAAAAGAUUCUGGUUUAUGGUGCACAGUUUAGAGGUGAAUUUGAGGAUUGUAGAAAUUUUGGGUGGGAGCUCAGUGAUCAAGUUGACUUUAAUUGGAAAAAACUUUUGCACAAUAAGACACAGGAAAUCACUCGGUUAAAUGGAAUAUACAAGAGGUUAUUAUCAAAUGCUGGUGUAACAAUGUUUGAAGGAGAGGGCAAGCUGAUAGAUGCUCAUUUAGUAGAAGUGACGCAGGUGGAUGGUACAACGAAGCAGUAUUCAGCAAAGCAUAUAUUGAUUGCCACUGGUAGUCGUGCUCAGCGUGUAAAUAUUCCAGGAAAGGAAUUGGCUAUUACUUCUGAUGAGGCAUUAAGCCUAGAUGAGUUACCAAAACGUGCCGUGAUACUUGGUGGAGGAUAUAUUGCUGUUGAAUUUGCUUCUAUAUGGCGAGGCUUGGGUGCAGAAGUAGACUUAUUUUACCGCAAGGAAUUGCCUUUAAGGGGUUUUGAUGAUGAAAUGCGAGCUGUUGUUGCAAAAAACCUUGAAGGAAGGGGCAUAAGAUUGCACCCAGGAACAAAUUUAUCUGAGUUGCGGAAUGGUGAAGAUGGCAUAAGAGUUCUGACUGACCAUGGAGAUGAAAUUACUGCAGAUGUUGUCUUAUUUGCAACAGGUCGGCUUCCAAACACAAAAAGGUUGAAUUUGCAGGCUGUUGGUGUUGAGGUUGAUAAAACUGGAGCUAUCAAGGUAGAUGAAUAUUCUCGCACGACAGUUCCCAACAUAUGGGCUGUUGGUGAUGUUACAAACCGGAUGAAUCUGACUCCUGUGGCAUUAAUGGAAGGAACUUGCUUUUCCAAAACUGUUUUUGGUGGACAGCCAACUAAACCUGAUUACAUUAGCAUACCCUGUGCUGUGUUUUGCAUUCCACCACUUUCAGUAGUAGGUCUCAGCGAGCAGCAGGCUCUGGAACAAGCAAAAAGUGAUAUUCUCGUUUACACAUCUUCGUUUAAUCCUAUGAAGAACACUAUCUCUGGAAGGCAAGAAAAGACAGUCAUGAAGCUCAUCGUUGAUUCUGAGACUGAUAAAGUACUUGGUGCAUCCAUGUGUGGACCAGAUGCACCUGAAAUUAUGCAGGGUCUUGCAGUCGCACUCAAAUGUGGAGCAACUAAGGCACAAUUUGAUAGCACAGUGGGAAUCCAUCCUUCAGCUGCUGAAGAGUUUGUAACCAUGCGGUCCAUCACGAGACGCGUCGCAGCUGGAGCUAAACCAUAGGCAAAUUUCUAACUGGAAGCAUGAAUUAUCAAAUGAAAAAUAAAGCAUGGUAUGAUUCAAUGCAGCCACUUUGUUGUCCUUCAAGAAAACCUUGCUAGAAUUCUUCUCAUAUUUUUGUUUGGAUCUCAAUAUGUGAAAUAAGAUUGCAUUGUUGAACUCUGCUAAUGAUGACAUCCACACGAUUCACAUUCA